UCACUCACCAACUCCACUUUUUCCUUCACUCUAAGCCACCGUUUUGCAUAAAGCUUGAAAAUUCAGGCACCCUUUUUGCUAAAGUUUGCAACUUCGGUGUUGGGUAAUUGGAUUGUGUUGUGAGGGAGAAACCAUGGAGAGAAGAAGAGAUGUUGAGAGUGGUGUUAAUGGAGGGAACAAGAACAGCAGAACAGAGAACAACAACAACAACAACACCUACUCUGCUCCUCCUGCUUCUGCCUAUGUUUAUAAUCCUGAAACUCAUUGGACAUCAUGGCUUGUGCCUCUGUUUGUGGUUGCUAAUAUUGCUGUUUUUGUUGUGACUAUGUACAUCAACAAUUGUCACAAGCACAAUCUCGGUUUCCAAGGUGAUUGUAUUGCUGGAUUCCUUGGUAGAUUCUCCUUUCAGCCUCUGCAGGAGAAUCCAUUGCUUGGUCCUUCUUCCUCAGCAUUAACCAAGAUGGGAGGCCUUAAGUGGGAUAAUGUUGUGAACCAUCAUCAGGGAUGGAGACUCGUCACAUGCAUCUGGCUCCAUGCUGGAGUCAUUCAUUUGCUAGCUAACAUGUUGAGCCUGGUCUUCAUUGGCAUUCGCCUUGAACAGCAAUUUGGUUUUCUGAGGAUAGGAAUCAUAUACCUGGUUUCUGGAUUUGGUGGGAGUGUAUUGUCAUGUCUUUUUCUUGGAAACCACAUAUCUGUUGGGGCUUCUGGUGCUCUUUUUGGACUUCUUGGAGCAAUGCUCGCAGAACUCAUCACAAACUGGACUAUAUAUUCCAAUAAAGUAAUGGCUUUGCUCACCCUUCUAGUUAUCAUCGUUAUCAACCUUGCCAUUGGCAUUUUGCCACACGUCGAUAAUUUUGCUCAUAUUGGGGGAUUUCUGGUGGGACUUCUCCUCGGCUUCAUUUUGCUGCCCCGUCCUCAGUUCGGGUGGUUAGAGCAGCGGCAUCUUCCUGCUGGUGUUCGCCUGAAGUCAAAAUACAAGGCUUACCAAUAUGUUCUAUUGAUCGCCUCUCUAAUCCUCUUGGUUGCUGGGCUAACGGUUGCAUUGGUGAUGCUGUUGAGGGGUGAGAAUGGGAAUGAUCACUGCCAUUGGUGUCGCUACAUAACAUGUGUUCCAACUUCUAAAUGGGAAUGCAGUGACACUUAAAAGCAAGGGCAUCACUAGGAUUUAAUUUUCUGAUGUGUAUAGCCAUAUAGCUCUUAGAAACUGGGUUGUUUUGUCUUUUUCUUUUAUUAAUAACUGGUCUGUCUUUGUGGAUCUAUAUUUACUUCUUUAUAAAAUAUACAGUAUAUAUAUAAAGAAAUUCAUUUGUAUAUGAAUUUAUUUUCCA